UUUUACUGGCCAACUCCGUGGCUGGUGGGAUAAUUAUUUGACUGUUGAAGAAAAGGCAAUGGUUAUUAAUGCAAUAGCCACUGACGAAAGAGUUGAUAACUUAGGCAUGACUCUUGUAAAAAAUAGAGAAGAUGCUGUUUAUACCCUUGUUCUUACCAUAUUAGAACAUUUCAAUGGUAGAUUUACCAAUCAGCAUGAGACAGUUCGUACUCUACUUAAUGGUUUUAGAUGUAGGACCUUAGGUGAAUUCAGAUGGUAUAAAGAUACCUUUAUGAGUAGAGUUAUGGAAUUAUCCGAAAAUAAGUAUGACCAUUGGAAAGCUAAGUUUAUAGAUGGCCUUCCCUCCUUAUUUGUUGAAAGAGUAAGAAAAACUCUAAGAGGUAGCUAUGGUGAAAUUCCGUACAAGGAUUAUACCUAUGAAAAAUUGAUAGGAAUAUGUACACAAGAAGGAUUAAACUUGUGCAAUGGGUUAAAAUUGUCCAGACAACUUAAGAUGGAUAAGCUUAAGGAGAAAUCUCAAUUAGGAGACUUUUGCACACAGUUCGAUUUAUCCGAGACUUCUACUCAUAACAAGAAGAAGAAACACAAGUAUCAUAGAUACCCUAAUUCAGACAGUCCUUAUAAGAAAAAGAGAUCGAGAUAUAGAUCCAAAGAAGAGCGUGAUGCUAAGAAAGCCCAUCGCAAGUCUACUAGAUUUACGAAAAAUAGGUCUAAGCGAGAUCUUGCUGAUAUUAGAUGUUAUAAAUAUGAUAAAUUUGGCCAUAUAGCUCCAAAUUGUAAGCUUCAAAAGCUAAAAACCUUAGAACUAGACGAUGAGUUACGUGAUAAGGUUUAUGGUUUGUUAUACACUUCUGGAUCAGAAUCUGAUUAUUAUUCUGAGUCAGAAACUGAAGCUGAAAUAGAUUUACUUGAUUUAUCUGAUAGUGAUAAAAAUAUUGAUAAUACUUGUACAACUUGCAAAUGUAGUACAUGUACCUGUGAUGAUGAUGAAUUUUAUAAACUACAAUCUCAAUUCCAAGAUUUGAACAUGAAAACU